ACUGAAGUAAACCAACUCAGCUAAUAUGCUUCAUGGGAUCCUGAUUUAAAGAGAGACUGUGAAAGAAACAGAAUCAGAUAUGUCGAUAAUCAAGGUCCUACUGGCGGACACCUUCUCCAUCUCCCUCUUCCUCGUCUGCAUCGCAGUGCUCUUCUUCAUCCUCCUUUUAAAAUCUUCGACUAAGUCCAGCGGCUACAAGUUCCCCCCGGGACCCAAACCCUGGCCCCUCAUUGGCAACCUCAACAUUCUCAAUAUGAACUUCCCUCAGAAAACCAUGUGCGAGCUAGCAGAGCAGUACGGGCCAGUGUUCACCUUCCACAUGGGUAUGAAGAAGUACGUUGUUCUGACUGGAUAUGAAGCUGUGAAGGAGGCCCUGGUGACCCAGGCAGAUGACUUUGGGGAGAGGGGCUUGAAUGCAGUGAAUAUCCACAAUUUCAAGGGGAAGGGCAUCUUAUUUGGCGUGGGUGAGUCAUGGAAGACCAUGCGCCGCUUCACACUGUCCACUCUACGGGACUUUGGAAUGGGCCGCAGCACUAUCGAGGACCGCAUCAUAGACGAGGCACAGCUGCUGCUGGAAGUGUUUACACAACACCAGGGCAAGCCUUUCAACGUCACUACACCCAUGAACUCUGCCGUUUCCAACAUUAUCUGCGUGCUGGUGUUCGGUAAUCGUUUUCAGUAUGACGACCCGCAGUUCCUUCGUCUGCAGCAGAUGGUCAGUGAGAACGUCCGACUGCAAGUCAGCCCUAUGUCACAGAUAUAUAAUGCAUUCCCUGUACCAAUAUUCCGGAUAGGUGAUAUCAGAAAGAUUGCGAAGAACAGAAUAGAGAGCAGCUCUUACUUUAGAAAAGUUUACAAGCAGCGCAAAGAAGAACACGACAGCAACGACGUGAGGAGCUUCAUCGACCGCUUCAUCGUCAAGCAAAAUGAGGAGCACAAGAACCCCCACACUUUUUUUGAGGAGGAGAACAUGGUGCUGACUGUAUCAAACCUGUUUGGUGCAGGAACAGAGACCACAUCCACCACCCUCCGCUGGGGUCUCCUGUUCAUGAUGAAGUACCCCCAUAUUCAGGAGAAGGUACAGGCUGAGAUAGAGAACGUGAUCGGCAGAGAGCGCCCCCCGCGGAUCGAUGACCGCAAGCGCAUGCCAUACACAGACGCGGUGGUGCACGAGACCCAGCGCUUCGGGAAUAUAGUUCCAAAUAACCUGCUCCACGAGACGAGAACGGACACCACCUUCAGGGGCUACCACAUCCCAAAGGGCACCCCGGUCAUUCCAUUACUCACCUCCGUGCUGUAUGAUAAGACGCAGUGGCAGACUCCACACCAGUUCAACCCCGGACACUUCCUGGACGCAGAGGGCCGCUUUGUUAAGAACGAUGCUUUCAUGCCCUUCUCGGCCGGGCGGAGAAUAUGCGUUGGGGAGACCCUGGCCAAGAUGGAGCUUUUCCUCUUCUUCACCAGCUUCCUACAGAGAUUCACAUUCAAACCCCCUCCAGGUGUCUUGCCUAAGGAUUUGGACAUUUCGCCAUGUCCAGGGCUGACCUCUUCACCCGUACCCUAUAAGCUCUGCGCCAUCAGCCGCUGACACUCAACACUUCAACACUCUGGAACAGAAAGACUGCGGCUGAAUGGGAGCGCGAAUGUGAAGUGCACAGCUUAUUGUCACAUGGGCAGCUCCACAGAGUCAGAGUCCCACUCACACACACACACGCACACACACACCCAGAGUCCCGCUCACACACACACACAAGUGCACACACAUGGCCAGGCAGGAUGGAGAGGGAACAUUAAUGCAUUUCUCUGCUGGGCAAGCUGAUUAUUAUUAAAGUAGUUGCAGUAAUUUUGUACACUGGUGUAAUGGGUUUCAUGAGUUUAAUGAGUUUAAUGCAUAUUGUGAUUCUUCAUUGUUUGUAUUCUCAAUCAGUUGCUAUGGCCAUACAGCUUUAUGGCAAGCAUUCCAAUAAAGCACAUUGAAUUAAUAAAUUAGAAUUUGAGGUUUUGGGUAUAGUAUUAUGGGAUUUAAACAGAAAAGGAUUGUGGGUAUAAAAGUGGAGAAGACAGAAAUAAAGAGGAAAUUAAGAGUGGCAGGGUUGAAAUGAAGUUGAUAGAUGUAAGUUGAUAGUAUGGUUUGUGUGUGCAACCUUGUAUUUUGAUACAGUACACAUCAGAGAGCCAUCCUAUACAUAUGCAGGAAGCAGUAUACAUUCUGCAAGUGGAAUAGAGGUGUUUAUCUACCUCUGCUUUGUAAUAAGAAUAUUAUUUUAGCAUAGCACUACGCAGCACUACAUAGCACUGUCUCAUACAUAGAAAAUGUGCUACUGUGGGAAAGUGAUUGUAGCUGUAAAACAGAAUGUAAGAAAUUAGGGAUGUAAGAUCAGAAAACAGAUUGUGGGUUCCAGGCCUAUAUUCUAACAUACGGUUAGAAUUGUGCUUAGGGUUAGGAAAAAGUUAAGUAUUAGGGUUGAGGAAAGUUUAGUUGUACAACCAGAAGCAAGGGGAAUUGUAAGCGUAAGCAUUAGUCUUUGAUUUGGAUGCUCAAUUUUUUUUCCACAAUAGCUUUAUGUAUUUUCAUUUGUUUUAAGGCAUAUAUAUUUUUUUUUUCUAAAAGAAUGACUGAAAACAGCUUUCCUGCUAUUUUUCUUGUGGAAUUGAAAAUGUGUAUGUUGUUUUUCAUCCAUUUGUGUAGAAACAUACCAUAUUUGAGAUAAUUUCCAGGUUUGGGCAAGUUUAGGGUCAUGUAUAGAACACGGGUCAGGGUAAGUGUGAAAGUUCAUGCACAUUUAGGCUUCUGUGCAGGAGCGAAGGAAGGGAUAAGGGUUAGUCACUCAUUUGCAUCACCAAAAUGUUUUCAUAAUUGCAGCCUAAUCUGAUGUAUUUUGAUAUUAUUGUCAAUUAAAUA